AUAUGUUUAAGGGUAUAUCGUUGACUGUCGUGCUAAAGAUCCUAGAUCCUACAUCCGUGAUUCGUGUGUUGUAAUGCUAAAAUACUUCUGAUCUAACAUAUUUGUGACACUUAUCAUCAGUCGAAAGCGCAGCAUAAAAAUGGCACUGGCCUAUACGAGAUUUCUUUGCCGGCGUAAUGUCGAUUUUCGACAUUUUCGGAGCUUAUAUACGUGCAGUCCUCUGAGCGUUGCAGUUCCGAAUCCUUCACGUACAACAGGCACAGCUUGUGAAUCUCACGAUGAGAAGAAUAUGCGUCUAAAAAGACCAAUGUCGCCACACUUGACAAUCUAUGAACUUCAAUUGACAUCAUUGCUUUCAUUAACGCAUAGAACUACUGGCAUUAUGCUAGCCAGUUAUGCAAUGUUCCUCGGUUUAGGCACAUUAUUUAUACCUGGUGGUAUUCCUUGCUUCAUAGAAACAGUGGAUAAUUUAUGUUUACCCUUACCUGUACUGUUUGCCGGCAAAACCUUACUUGCUCUGCCUGCUACUUACCAUACAUUCAAUGGAAUACGUCAUUUGGCUUGGGAUUUUGGAAUAUUUCUAACAAUUAAGGAAGUAUAUAGCACUGGAUAUGUAGUAUCUGCAUUAACAGUUAUUUCUGCACUUGCACUUGCAGCAAUGUAAGUGUCAUUCUUUACAUUAGAAAUAAUUUUUCUUUAAAAUUAAAUGUAUUGGCAGACUACAUAUUAAAUUAUAUUGUCUGUAUUACUGAGUUAUAUAUUAUCUACAUAAUAAAAUAAAUUAUUAAAACUAAUAUGUAUUUCAUAUAUAAAAAAUUUAGCUUUUUUUAAUAUUCUAUGCCAAUUUAGAACUGAAUAAGUAUUAUAGUUAUAGUCUCAAAAUGUUUAUGUUUGUAAAUAAAAUUAUAUACAUGCUAGCUCUGAAAUAAACACAGAAAUGGUUCAAAAAAAAAGAAAAAGAACAU